AUGAGUCACUACAACCAUGAUCAUCAUCAGGCUCCGCCCACUUCAUACCUUCCUCCACCGGCCGGUGCAUAUCAAGGGCAUCUGCCGCCGUCGUACCCUCCACCACCAGAAGUUCAGCAAGGAUACAGUACUAUAACUCAAGGUGGUCCGUAUGUUGUUGUUGCACCACCAGUUAAUUACCCUAUGAAAAGUGAUGGACCUCCAGCUGGAUACCCCCAAGAGACAGCUCCCUAUCAGCAGCAGCAACAGCCACCAAAAUUUCAUCACCAACAGAGAGGUGGUGGAUUUUGGGCGGGAUGUUGUUCUGCCAUGUUUUGCUGCUGCCUCUGCGACCUGUGCUGCUUGCCCUGCGCAGUAGUUUAA